UAUUUCUUCUUAUUUCAGGGGAUAUACAGUGAGGACAUGGAAAAGGAAAAUGCAACAUUAUUGACAGAGUUUCUUCUCACAGGACUCACAGAUCGACCAGAGUGGCAGGUCUCCCUAUUCCUGGUUUUCUUCAUGGUAUAUCUCAUCACCAUGAUGGGGAACUUAGGACUGAUUGCUCUCAUCUGGAAUGACCCUCACCUUCACACCCCUAUGUACUUAUUUCUUGGGCGUUUAGCAUUUGUGGAUGCCUGGCUAUCAUCCACAGUGACCCCUAAGAUGCUGUUCAGUUUCUUGGUCAAGAGUAAAAUGAUACCUCUCUAUGCAUGCAUGAUACAAUUUUUUUCCUUUGUAAUCAGUGCAACCACAGAAUGUUUUCUCUUGGCAACAAUGGCAUAUGAUCGAUAUGUAGCCAUAAGCAACCCUUUACUUUAUCCAGUGAUCAUGACAAACAGACUCUGCACACAGCUGUCAGUCUGGUCAUUUGCAGGUGACCUAAUUCAUGCCCUAAUUCAUGGAGGCUUUUUAUUCAGAUUAACCUUCUGUAAAUCCAACAUAAUUCAUCACUUCUACUGUGACAUUAUACCAUUGCUUAAGAUUUCCUGCACUGAUGCAUCUAUUAAUUUUCUGAUGCUUUUUAUUUUCUCUGGUUCAAUUCAGGUAUUCACCAUUAUGACUGUUCUUUUCUCUUAUACAUCUAUUCUCUUUACAGUCUUAAAAAAUAAGUCUGUAAAAGGAAUAAGGAAAGCCUUUUCCACCUGUGGAGCCCAUCUCUUAUCUGUCUCUUUAUAUUAUGGUCCCCUUCUCUUCAUGUAUGUGCACCCUAGAUCUCCUCAGGGAGAUAAUGAAGAUAUGAUGGAUUCUCUGUUUUAUACUGUCAUAAUUCCUUUUUUAAAUCCAGUUAUCUACAGUCUGAGAAAUAAGAAAGUCAUAGAUUCACUGGCUAAAAUAUUAAAAGGUAGAUGUUAA